AUGUCGCGCACAUGCUCGUCCUGGUUCAAUGUCGGACUUUAUGGUGUUGUGAGUAAACUUUUGCUUGUGCUUGUUUUGAUCAGAUCAACUAAUAUUGCUCAUGGAUUGGAAUGCGGAGAAACCAAGUACAGCGAUUCGUUCUCCCGAGUUCUUCUUGGUGUAAGUUUAUGAUUUGUUGAUGUUUUUAUAUUAAUUUAGGUGUUAUUGACGAGAAAGUGAGCGGUUUUGAGAGGAAUUUGAGUUUUGGCUUGAGAUUUAGAUGUUUAGGUAAUAAAUUGUGGCUUUUACGGCAUUUUAGAUGUUUUUUUCAUCAAAGUUUGAGUAGUUUUUCAUCGAAAACGAAAUGUUUUUUAAAUUUUAACGUAAGAAUGAACAUUAAAAUCUAUGCCAAUUGAAAUAACCUUAUUUUAGACCAAAAAAUAGGUAAUAUUCAUCUUAUUUCGUUCAAAAAUUGACCAUAAAGUUUAGUUGUUCCUCUGUUUAUUCAAUUUUGGCAAUUUCAGAGCAGUGCCCAUCGUAUUGUAGGUGGAUUCGAAACGAAACAGAAUGCUUGGCCAUGGAUGGCCGAAAUCUUGCGCGGCCGAAACCAUCAAUGUGGUGGAGCUCUAAUCGACAGUCAAUACGUUAUCACAGCCGCUCAUUGCUUCUUGAAAGGGUAAUCUUUUGGAUCUUGAAGGAAAUACUGUAGGCUAGAUGAAUGUAAGCCUGAAAAAGGAAAUAUAAGCCUAAAGAAGUGAAUAUAAGCUUAAAAAAGAAAAUUUAAGUCUAGAAAUGAAAUUAUGAGCCUAAAAUGUUUAUCGAAGCCUAAAAAUAACUUUUCUUCACCGAUUGCUGUAUAAAUUUGUCUAAACAACAUUGUUUAAGUGAAAAUCCAAAGCAUUAUACGAUUCUCCUUGGCGGACACGAGAUUUUCAGUGGUAAAAGGUAUCGAGUGGUGAAUAUUACUCUUCACAAUCUAUAUCACAUCAGGGAAUCCGCGUAUGAUAUUGCUAUCAUGAAGUAAGUUUAUUAUUCUUUUGUUUUUCGUAAUUUUAGAUAUUAAAUUGGAGUCCGACACAUGGCAUUUUUCAGCCUAAGGCGCUAUUAUAGCCAUUUUUAAGCCUAAGGAGCUAAAUCUGGUCAUUUAAAGCAUAACGUCCUAUUUCUGGUCAUUUUUAGGCUUAAGGUGGUAUUUUUGGCCCUUUUUAAGCCUAAGGCGCUAUUUCUGCUCACUUUGGUGCCUAAGACGAUAUUUUUUAUCAUUUUUAAGCCUAAGGCUCUAUUUCUGACCAUUUUUAAGCUUAAUGCGCGACUUCUGCCCAUUUCUAAGCCUAAAGCGUUAGUGCUGAUUGUUUUUAAACAAAAAAUGCCAUUUCUAACCAUUUACAACACUCAAAAUGCCAUUUCUAAUCAUUUACAGAAUCUGGCCACCAGUAAAAAUGAACUCCACGAUCAACAAGGUCUGUCUACCAAGUGUCGCACCUCCAGCAACACAUCAGAUGUGUGUCGUGACAGGCUGGGGUCGAACCAAGGAAGAUGGACCAGCUGCACCAACUUUGCGAGAAGCCCAUGUACCAAUCGUAUCUUCGAUCACAUGCAACGACCAUAGACAUUAUCAAGGACGCAUCUUUCAACCCACUAUGAUCUGUGCUGGGUAUGCGGAUGGGAAGAUUGAUGCUUGCCAAGGCGAUUCGGGAGGACCGCUGAUGUGUUGGAACAAUGGGAAGUGGGAGUUGCAGGUAGGGUUGGAAGCAUUUGUGAUAUUUUUUGCGUUUUUGAGGCAGUCAAUGGCUACUUUUUUUGGUUUAAAAUUUUUAAAAAUUAUUGUUAAAUAUGUCAGUAUGACGGAUUUUUUAGGCUUAAAGUAACGUUAGCUGUCAUCGAAUUUGAUUAAAAUUUUUUAAACUUGAGACAUGGUUUUAAAAUAACAAAAACAAUGAUUUUAGGCUUAAUAGGUUAUUUUUUAAAAUUUUUCAUUAUGACGAAUUUUUUGGAAUUAAUGUCAUCAUGACGAAUUUUUUGGAAUUAAUGUCAUCAUGACACAAUUUAUAAAAUUUUUAAUUUUGUGAUGUUUUCAGGGCGUGGUGAGUUGGGGGAUUGGUUGUGCCGAACCAGGACAUCCAGGUGUAUAUACGCGAGUUCACGCACUCACUUCAUGGAUCAAACUUCAAAUGAUGCUGCUGAACUGA